GGCCUCGGUUGGCGGCGCCCACCCUCUGCUGCGCCUCUCUCUCUCUCUACAUAAGGUGACACACCACAUCACACCCCACCACCAUUCCCCCACCGGCGUCACAGACACGCGAGCACAGAGCCAGCCAGCCACCACCACCACCACAGGCACAGGCACAGCACUCACCCGCACCGCCAGGAGCAGAGGCGCGCGUGAGAGCAGAGCACACAGCGCAGCAGGAGAGGGAAGCCAUGGGCGAGGAGGCGAAGAAGGAGGACGCCAAGAAGGAGGUGGAGAAGCCCAAGGAGGCGGCGGCGGCAGAGGAGAAGAAGGAGGAGAAGCCCAAGGACGACGGCGCCGCGGCGGCGGAGGACAAGCCCAAGGAAGCCGGCGGCGGCGGCGGCGAGGAGAAGCCAAAGGAUGGGGAGGAGAAGAAGGAGGACGCUCCGCCGCCGCCGCCCCCGCCGCCGGAGGAGGUCGAGAUGCGGGUCUACAUGCACUGCGAGGGAUGCGCCCGCAAGGUCAAGAAGAUCCUCAAGCGUUUCGACGGAGUGGAGGAUGUGAUCGCCGACUCCAAGGCGCACAAGGUGUUGGUGAAGGGGAAGAAGGUGGCCGCGGAGCCCAUGAAGGUGGUGGAGCGCGUCCAGAAGAAGACCGGCCGCAAGGUGGAGCUCCUGUCGCCAAUACCGCCGCCGCCGGAGGAGAAGAAGGAAGAGGAGAAGAAGGAGGAGCCUGAGCCUCCAAAGCCGGAGGAGAAGAAGGAGCCGCCGGUGCUCGCCGUGGUGCUGAAGGUGCACAUGCACUGCGAGGCCUGUGCUCAGGGAAUCAGGAAGAGGAUCCUCAAGAUGAAAGGCGUGCAGUCUGUUGAAGCAGACCUCAAGGCAUCGGAGGUGACAGUGAAGGGCGUGUUCGAGGAGUCCAAGCUGGCCGAGUACGUGUACAAGCGCACGGGCAAGCACGCGGCCAUCGUCAAGUCCGAGACAGUCCCCCCACCGGAGAGUGCGCCCGCCGCCGGCGACGACAAGGCCAAGGAGGAGAAGAAGGAAGAAGGUGGUGGUGAGGAGAAGAAGGACGGCAAGGAGGAAGAGAAGAAGGAGGGCGGUGGCGACGGCGGCGGCGGCGACGAGAAGAAGGAGGAGAAGGAGGGUGGCGGCGGCGGCGGUGGCGACGAGAAGAAGGAGGACGCCGACAAGGACAAGGACGCGGCCGCCGUCGCGGCCGCCAACCUGUACAUGCACUACCCGCGGUUCGCGUUCCCGGGAGGGUACUACCAGCCGGCGUACCCGCCGCCGCCGCCGCCGCCUCCGGGGUACGCAUACCAGGCCUACCAGCCGGCCUACCCGCCGUCGUCGUACGCGUACGCCGCCGCGCCGCCGCACCACCAGCCCAUGGCGCCGCAGAUCUUCAGCGACGAGAACCCCAACGCCUGCUCCGUCAUGUAAAAAACCAUAGUAGGGUCCUGCCUGAGCUGAGCGGAAAAAAAAAAAGAAUAAGAAGGUGGUUUGGAGGGAAGAGCGAGGGAGCUGCGUGCAGAAUGUAGAGGGAGGGAGGGAGGUUGUCUUUGCAAGAAAUGCCCCUGAGCAAAAGCAAAUGGCAACUUUGUUUGAACAAAAGUACCAUGCUUUUUUGGGGGGUUUUAGACUUAUUUUAAUUUCUCUCUUCUUUUUUUAUUUUGUAAUUUUAACCCUUUCUUUUCACCUUUCUGGUAUAAAGUAAGUCUGGACUUGGUCAGUUUAUGGAUGCUAUAUGGAGUACCUUUAUGUAGAACUUCUAUGAUAAAAACUGUAUGUAUGAUAUUACCCUUAAGUUCCAUUUACCUUG